AUGAGUCCAAACUUGGGACUGGUCCCGUUCCUGCUCCUACAUCACAUUCAAAGUUGCCAAAAGCGUGCGGCAGAUGAAGACGUAGUACAACUAAAACCAUCCGACUGUGUAAAUAAUACUGAAUGGCUGGAACAAAACCGAACUUGUGGAUGUCUCUGGGGCUGGACGGGCACCAAAUGCGAUGUUUGGGAGCAAGACGAGUGCUACUACGCUGAAAUGGGAAAUGAUGUCUACGAAGGGAAACUGAGCAGAACAAGCGAUGGUUCCGAGUGCGAGGGCUGGACUGCUGAUGAUGUGAAGGACAGGCUUGUAAACUCGCAUGAUAUCCCCUUCGCAUCUGACAAAUGGUCUAACGGCCACUUGGGCGACCACAACUACUGCAGAAAUCCCGAUAGCGAUCCAGCUGGCUUUUGGUGCUACACAAGAGAUAGUACAGAAGGACUCAAAGCCGAGUAUUGUGCAAUCCUCUCCUGCAAACUUGAGGGACGGAGCUUUUUCGUUAUCAACUCCACGUCGAGCAGUAGAGAAUCGUCUGCAGCGAUUGACAUUAUUUUCGGCCCCGUUCUCCCAGGCGUUUGCGGAGGAGUUGUCGCACUCAUGACAAUCGUCGGCUUUGGCGAGUUUCUUCGAAGACGCAGAAUCUUUCAAAAGCUGCGUAGACGCUUGGAUCCUGAAUCAGGUGCGCCAAGACGACUCGGUGGUGUUGUCACAGUAGACGUCGACACUGGUCUUCAGCCUGAAGCUGGCAACAUGCAACUCGUCGAUGAUCCCGAGUCUAAAGACGGAUCUGAAGGUCAGGAUCAAGAAACUGUCAAUUUUGGGAAGUCGUCUUUAUCCUUGCGCCCAGAUUUGGGCGUUCUUCCGGAAGAAGAAGAAGAACAAGAAAACAACUCCGAAGGAAAAGACAACGAGGAUUCCCGACCGGAAGCGACAGAACCUCUUAACUCAUCAAGAAAACGCGAAUUCGAAGCUGGGCUGUCUGAUCUUCGCCACAAACUAGCGCAAGAAGUAAUUAUCGAAGAAGAUGAUGAAGAAGCAAACGAAGAAAUCCCACAUCAAGAAGACGGAGACCAGAAUUUCGGAAUGAUGAAAUUCCGACGCAGUGGAAAAUCAACAGACGCGAAAUUGAGCGAGCUUGACCAAGGAAAUUCCAUCAUCGAUGGACCACCUGAGAUGUCACAGCAGUUAGCUCGAUCAGAGUCAAAGUCGAACCAAGAAAAAUUCGCACCAAUGAAUAUUGGAGGCAACCGAACCUCCAGUAGGAAUUCUUUCGUUCUCAAUACCAUCUCCAGAUUUGAGACUCAAUCAAUUGCUUCAAUCAAAGGCGAGGAUAUGGAUAGCCUUAUAGACAGUUUCCAUCAUACAAAGGUUUCUGAUCACGAAAGUGCAGAAAUGCGGGCUCGAGAUCGACCUCGACGAAAAGAUCGUCCUUCUGCAGAUCCAACAAGGAACCAGGACAUACAUAACUAUCAUAAUCAAAAUCGUGGCAACCUUCAUUUUUACCCCCCUCCACCACCACAGCAGCAUAAUAUUAAUUACCACGCAAAGAAUGCUGACGGCUCCCCUCUUUCAUCCUCAAUUGCUCAAGGAGAGAAAGAGCCGCUUAUUCCAAAAUCGCGAGAGUUUGAAUGCUCACCCGAUCGAGAGCGAUUUUAUGGUCGUUUUCCCCAGGAAAGUAUCAAAAAAAAAAAAAAAACGUCGAAUUAUAAAUUUGAUAUCGUUUCUGAGUACCGCGAUAAAAUCAAGCCGAGCCAACAAAAGACAAUUCAGCUUCCAAAGAUAAAUCCCUGUGACUCCAAAUUAGAUGACGACGUCUACAAUCGCCGCCGUAUGCCCAUCAUUCAGCGUCCAGCGCUGAAGCCCAUUCCCAGAAGUAUACUAGAAAAAUAUGCGAACACGCAGCUGCCUGCAAUGAGUCAUCCGACAUCAGAAAGGCUGUACCAAGAGAGCAUUGGGAAAUACCAUAUGUACGAUGAAUUUCCAGUAGAAAAAAGGAGACCAAGGCGAAAAGUCCCAUCAAUCAAUUUUUCCGACAUCGAAGAGCAGAUUCGUAGCGUUGAUGUCGAAGAGUCUCCGAAACAGAAAAACCGAAAAGACGAGUCCCGUGUGUAUGUCUUAAAAGUGAACACGUUGAACAAGAAGGGGAUCGUAGGGAAUCGCGAAAGCGACGCGAAGAUAGGGACCGUGACUCCAAAGCUGACCCUGACGAGGAGGAACGACGCCGAGAAGAACGUCGAAAACGACGUGAAAAAGAAAAACGAAGGCGCGAAAGAAGAGAAGAUGAACGAGAGGGGGAGCAUCGCAGACGAGACGGCCGGCAGCCUCGCGAAAGAAGAGGGGACCGUGAAAACGGAGCCCGUACGGAGCGAACAAAUGGAGGCGACAGCUCUAACAGGCGACGCCGCAAAAAGCGCGAGUGAUUCGUUCCGGCACAUACUACCUAACCUCAUAAACAUUCUUUCCGUCUUGAAGAUCAACUGUACUCCUCUUGACCCUACUCACCGCUAUUUGCCUCAUUUCUUCAAUCAUUGCUCUUUAUACCUUUAA